AAGUAACUCCCCCAUCAAUUCAGCGAUAUCAUUCUAAUUUGUAUCUUCUUCCGAAGCAGACACCAAAAACCAAUAACUAUUUGCAAAAUGAAGUUUAUGUUGGUCAUUCUCAGCAUCAUUGUUGUAAUUUUGGCUUCAGCCAACGCUUUUGACAAAGCAGAUUGCUCUCUGCCCAAGGAUGUGGGACCCUGUCGCAAAGCGGAUUUGUCCUACUAUUUCGAUACGGAAUCGAAAUCUUGUCAAACAUUCUUCUAUGGUGGCUGUCAUGGCAAUAACAAUCGCUUCAAUUCCAAAGAAGAGUGUGAAAAGUCAUGCCUCUAAGCUAAAGGCGGUAAAAGGCACAAAGGGGGAACUGUAGCCUAAAUGUAACCAGUUGCCAUUAAUUUUUGAAUUAAGCAUUACAUAAAUAUUUUUUCUUAA